CCUCAACCAUUAGCAGAACCUGCUGCGCCCGUGCUGACGACAUCCGGGGGGCAAGAUGGCGUCAACGGCCUCGCGCAAGGUCGUGUCGUACAGCGACCUCGACAUGGCUGCGGCGGCCAGCGCAUCCACUUCUUCGCUGGCUCCCUCGGCUCCCUCGCUGGUUGCCUCCUCUGCGUCUGGCAAGCGGCCGAAUUGGGACUCGUCGGGCCAGGCGCUGACGGCGAGCGCGAGCCGCAAGCUCAGGAAGCUCCUCAGUCUGGCGCGCGGUGGAAAUGUCGAGCAGGUUGAGUCGAUGCUGAAGAACGAUGCUUCGGUCGCGGGCGCUCGUGUGAACGAGGAGCUCAAGGAGGCCAUGCGUGAGGCACGCCGGGCGAUGCGAGGCGAGGACGAGGAAGAAGAGGAAGAGGAGGAGGAGGGAGAUGAGAAAGAAGAGUACGAGAAUGACGACUUCGACGAAGUGAAUGGGGGACACGGAGAAGUGGACGAAGAGAUGGAUGAGGGAGGCGCGAUUGACUCGUUCGACUGGCAGGGUAUCAAUGGAGGAAGCGAGAAUGGCAGUGGGCGAGCACUAACGCACCGGGAGAUCUGGGACGACGAUGCACUCAAAAACGCGUGGGAUGCUGCCGUGGAGGAGUACGAGAUCUUCCAUCGCCGGCGGCAGGAGGCGCACGAGCAGCAGGAGGUUUCGCAGAAGAAGCGCAAACGCGAGAGUGCGCUGUGGUACGACAGCCCAGCGCCGGGGAGCAAAGCCGCCCUCGAAGCAAAGACAAAACAAGCGGACGAGGCGAGAGAGCUGGCCCGCCGCAAACAGGAGGCAAAGAAGCUGGUCAGGGAUCUGGCCGCAAACGAGGCCACGCCUCCAUUGAGCAAGAGCAACUUAUCGGUGCCUCCCUCGCGACACCUCGCCAGCAAUAGCUCGGCCUGGAAGCGUGCCUGCGCAAUGGUUGCCCAGACGCCCAAUCGCAUUGGCCCGUCCCAUACCUCAGCAGUGCCCUCGGCUGCUCCCUCGAUGGCGACGGCGACGAGGCUAGCAGAUCCCGUUGCAACGUUUGCAUCAGCAGAUGCACAAGCUGCUGCAGCACCGUCAACAUCCACGCCAUCAGCAAUGUCAAAAGAAGACACAUUGCAAAAUCUCGCAAUGGCUUGGUAUUAUGCCGGCUACUAUCAGGCCCAAGCUCAAGCCCUCGUCGCUUCUUCAUCCCCACAGCAGCAAGGCGAAUGAAUGUGUAACAAUAGUCAGCACCCCUUCUCAUCCAUCCUCAUCCUUUUUGGUCAAAUCAACUUUAUUUCAUCAUUAAUGACCUAGGAGGUAUUAGCGAAGGGGGAGAGAAGGGAGGCUUGAACUGAUAAUGGUGCGUAGCUACAAGAACGUCUAACUAGAGAUGAAGGUAAGAGACACGGGGAGGCUGUGAGGUUCCGAGGGUGAGAUCAGGGGGAGGAGGAAACGAGCGUGAAAUGUAUGGGGGUAUC